CGCCUUGGCGCAAGUUCAAAAACGCCGCCGAAGACUAAAAUUAGUUCCUCAGUCGUGCGUCGGGCAGCGGCCGAACAGCGCCUUCCACGAUAUGCAGAACGUGAAGGAAGAGCGAUGGCGACCCUUACCCACUGCAUCACCGUCAUCUCGGCUGCGAGCAGCACGCACGAUGCCUCCAUGGCUACAAGCACGAACUACGGCUGCGCCCCCGCCUCCCCCUCCCCCUGUUGUACCUCCGCCACCAGACCCUGACUAUGAAGUCAUUGAGUUCUCCGCACAGCAAGCCUACUCCAACACACCCCCACCUCGACCAACUCCGCCAGGUAAACCAAGAGCAGAUAACCAGAGAUGUGACCUUUGUGGAUCAUCGGUUCCGGCCGUCCGUUGUGAGAAAUGCUCUCAACAGAACUUCUGCCAUUCCUGCGACGAGAUGUAUCACCGCCACCCCAAGAGACAGACGCACGUUCGCAAGCCCCUGGACAGUGGACGCCACUCAACUCUACGCCCCCCGCUGCCCCCUAAAGGAGAGAACAGCUCCGCCCCAGUCCCUCCCCCCCGUCGCCACAAACGCUCCGGUCGCACCACUCCAGUUCCCAUGGAACAGACGCAGCCUACCAGGCCGGGGGUGAGUGCAGGCGUUGUUGGAAGCCUGAAGCGGAUGAUGGGAGGUCGACCGUUACCAGCGCCUCCAUUGACGAGAGAUCCGCGGUUGUCUGCUUCAACUUCGCCACUCACUUUCGCAGAACUCUCUGACCACCAGCCUCCUAGUAGAGACAGUGGCUACCUAGACUGGGAGAUGGACAGCAGACACAGAUCUGGUAGUCUAACGGCCCUCAACGCUCCCGGCUUCACACCACUCAUGCACGCGCAGUCCAUGGCCACGCUCAACUGUCCUAGUUGUCACCACCAUGGGCUGGUCUGGGAUUGGAACAUGGGUAACGCAGGUCCACCCUGGGGAGGAGGGAUACACACUAACACCUGGCAUGGGUCUGCCAUGCUGCCUCCUUACAGGCCCGUGGAUGAGAUGGCACGACGGGGCAGUCUUAGGGCUCCUCCCCGUCGAAGCCGACGCGACCUCACCACUGACGACGAGGACGAUCGUCGCAGGAACGCAUCACCAGUCCGGUCCAGACGAGGAGUUAGUGACGACUCGGACGACGAAGUGAUGUCCCACCGCAGCAGCAGAAGACACAGAAGACGAACAUCCCCUGUGUCAAGAAAUGUUUCACCAGCCUUGUCGAGAAGAAGCUCGAGGAAAAAGAGUUCGGUGGGUGUUGAAGAACUGAUUGCUAGAAGGGUGAAGCAAAACGAAGAAGAAGCUAGGAGACGAUACGAUGAUGAAACAACAUCCAACAGAGGUGGAAGGAGGUUUGACGACGAGUUGAGUAACAGAGGAAGAAUGUACGAUGACGAUACAAUAUCUAACAGAGGAGGAAGAAGGUACGAUGAUGACAGAAUGUCGGUGAAAAGUGGGAAAAUGAUCGAUGAGAUGUCUAACCGUGGUAGAAAGAAUGAUUUUGAUGAUUCAAUGUCCAACAGAAGCCAGAGACUGGACGAUGACGUGAUUUCAAACAGAAGUCGACGAUACGACGAUGAGGUGUCUAACCGAGGAGGUAGACGAAGGCGACGAAAUUCUCAGUCAUCAGGUUUGCCAAGAAGAUAUCCGAGGAAUACAAGCAGUGAAGACUCUGGGGACGAGAUGUCUGACGGGAUGAAAAAUAACUCAUCUGUAGCAAAGAAGAAAGAAAUGGGCACUGACACCAUUGAAGUGAAAGAAGACGAUAUCAAUAUACCUAGUGAUGUAGACAAACCCCUCGGUCCGAUCCCGGACCAAGAGUGGGAAUGUGAUCAUUGCACUUUUGUAAACCCUGCGGGAACCAGAGUGUGCACUGUUUGCUGCAAAACCACGAACAAUCCUAAGGUAAAACCUAUUAAACCUCCGCUCAAACAACAAACGAUUAGUCAGAGACCUCCAGAACAAAAGGUGAACCGUCCUUUACGUCAAGAUUCGAGCACAUUGCCUUUAAAGGAAAACACUACUCAGUUACCAGUUAGUACGCGGAAAGAAAUGGUCAAAGAAACGAGAUCACCUCCCCCACCGAGACAGCAAGCAAGCACCGAGGGUGACAAGACUGAUGCUGAUCUGGCAGAGAGAACCAAGAGGCAGCUGAAUGUGUCUACGGAACCUGCUGAUAAGAAGAAAGAAAAUGAUGGGGCGGAAAACUCAACAACACUCAAGACUAAAAUUUCAACUGGAACUUCACCUCCACCUCAAAGUAUUUCAACUCAAACUUACGACGUUUUACAAAAGCCGAGACUCAAGCGUGCAACAUCUCUAGCAGACCAUGAGUUGUGGAAUCCUCAUCGUAACUUCAGCAGUCGUCAGUCUGUAACCAGCGACAGUCAGAGUCUACCCGUGACGCCCCCACGAGCUCACAGUCCCGAGUUUGAACUCGCCCCGAGAGAGUGGGAGCUUCGCCACGUUGAGCCGCCCCUGAGAAGCUCGUCACAGCUGAGCCGACGACCUUCUGAACCUGCUUAUAAUGUUUCUAGGUACAGUCGCCGCUCUGGUUCACAGCCGUCCGAAUAUCUCAGCACCUUGGUGCAAAAGCAGGUCAAGCAAGGGAUGGAAAUGGUCAAGUUAUUAAGGGAAGCGGAAGAGCAGCAGUUCAGUGCCGAUGACUUGACAGUAGCCUUAGCUCAGUGUGGUGAUGGUGACCCUGUUGCCUGGCUACGUGAUAACUGGCGAAACAUGAUUGACACUGUGGUCACUCUUGCAACCAACUACGGCCACGAGCGAAAAGAAAACACCAUAGGAACCAUCUCAGUGUCCGAGGCGAGAGAGGCUCUGAGGAUGCACGGAGGCAAUGUCUGGGCUGCCGUCACCGAGUGUGUGGAACAAAGGCAAAAGAAGUAUGCUGACCUUAUGUCACGAGGUAACUUUACAAGAGAAGACAUUGUGACUGUUCUGACGGCGAAUCACGGUAACUUAGAAGCAGCUUACUUGGAACUUAACAAGUCCCAGUUGAAACCGUUCCUGAUGCGUAUCUGGGGGCCGCCACAGGGACAGGAAAAUGAGAGCGGCAACCUGCUACGGGGAAAUCAAGAUGGGGCAGUGUUAGUGGAGGGACUGGGGCAGGGAGAGGGAAGUGGAAUUUCCGAGGAGGUGAGUGACCCAAACUUUCAACGUAUCAAGUCUUGGCUGGACACUUAUGUGCAUCGGUCGAUUGAAGCUCACGAAGCUAAGUCCAAAAAUAGCCAAAUCCAAAUGGAUAGAUUCCCUGUAGAUGUUCCAGAGCCCAGGCUAGCGCAGAGUACUCUGGUUGAUGAUACACUUUCAUCUCCCCCAAAAAUACCUCCACGACAUAAGGCUGUGAAGCAAGAAAAUUCUGAAGGAGAUUACGAAAACAUUUUCAGAGGUGAGGUUGGUAAUAGUCUUAGUUCCCAAACAAAAAUUGACCAAGAUGUAAGCAGUAUAAGUGAUAAAAAUGAAAUUAGGCAAGGUGGGACUGAGGAAAUGGAUGUAAAUAUGCCAGUGUCAAGUGGGAAGGACAGAGUGGUUAAUGUAGAGGAAACGCCUGAAAGCAAAGAUGUAAGUAAAUUAAACAUUCCUAAAAAUCAAGAACCUGAAGAGAAAGUCAACCCUAGGUUAUCACCAGAUACAAAGUUAUCAGAUGAAAGACAAAUUAUUGUGGAAAAACUAAUAAUCAAUGGUAAAGUUCAAGAAGUAAGGAAAUAUUUAUUUAAUAAAGAUGAAGCAGAAAGUUAUUUAGAACAAAACAACCUCAUUACCUCUGAAAGAUUGAGUUCUAAAAUGAAUUCUUCAGAUGACGGACUUAAAUCAGUAAAAGCUGAUCCUUCAGAACAUGCAUCAAACAAUAAGUUAGAAAAUGUAAAAACAUCAAAAGUUCAAGACAUUCCAGAUCAAAAAGGUGAACUCCAAUCAAAUAAUAAUCAUCCCCAACAUCAUUCAGUGCAGGAGCAGAUUUCAAAUAGUACAUCCUAUGAAAGCCUGUGUUAUUCAGAAGAUGUUAUAGAAGGUGAUAAUGAAUAUAAAACCAACAUUCCAAACGCUGAAGUCGUAACAUCAGCAAAACUUGUCGUUAAGAUGGAUGCAGCAACAGAAAAUUUGGUUGUCUCAAAACUGAAAUCAGGAAAGCUCUCAGAUAAAGCCAGCUCAUCCUCUUCAGUCUCAAUUCCUGACAAUGAGCCUUUACCAUCAGAAAGAAAGCCACCAAUGAAGGAAUUGGCAAUGAAUAUUGAAACAGAUUCGUCCAAUACCAGGCGUGUUGUGAUUCAAAAUCAAUUUAAUAAGUCUAUUAACAUCUCAAACAACAAGGUAAUUGAUGAAAGCGAACCUUUAGAGUACAUAGGCCUAACAAAUAAUGAAAAGAACAAAUCUGAAGGUUUAAUCAACGUAGUAGAAAACAGCAGCAGAGUAAUCUCACCUUCCACACAACACGUAAAAUCAGACUCAAGAUCAAGUACGAAGAAAGUUUUAGAAUUCGAAAGAGAAGGAAGCAUCUCACCAAGUGCCUCAGAAAUUAUAGCUGGUUCUACCAACAACAGCAGAAAUGUUAGUCCUGAUCCUUAUGAUUCAGAAGAUGUUGAAGAAUAUUAUGAAGAAGAAGAAAUUGAAGACGAGGAAGAAGUCUCUGAAGAGGAAGAAUUAUUAGAGGAAGAAGACGAGAAAGGAAUGUCAGAAGGAAAAGUUGCAGAAGAAAACCUUCUUGCCAACCAAAAGUAUUCUGUCAACUUGGAACAAAUUAAUUUAUCUGUAUCACCUGAACCGUCUAUGAAAACAAUUCCUACUGCGAAAAUUGGCAUGCAACCUAUCAAAAAUGAAGGUGGAAUUAGUAGUGAAAUGCUGGUGAAGGUUGAUGCUGUCAAUAUUGCCAACUCUAAUGAAAGAUUGCCUACUUUAUCUGACAAAAAGGAUGAUGCAAAUAUAAAACAAGAUACACAGGAUGAAAUUGUCCCAAAAACUGAAAAGGUUUUAGAGGAGACAGAUUCAUUAGACACCACAAAACAAACAAAUGUAGAAACAGGAAAUUCUGUCUUGUUAAUCAUGGUAAACCAAAUGCAUGACAAUUUCUCUGAGGUAAAGGAAAGAAUUACUGUCACUGAGUCAAAAAUCACCGAUGAAGAAGAAAAACACCAUACAAAACCAAACAGUCCUGAAGAAAAGGAAGCAGUUGUACAUAUCUUAAGUAAAUCAGAGGAAAAAAUUAAGAAGCCAUUAAAGCGAAAGAAACCUGAUAAGAAACCAAUGUCUAUGGCAGCUAAUGACAUAGAAAAAGUUACUUUUUUAGAAAAUGUUAUUUCUUUGGAGGAUGAUAAAGUAAAUGACAAAGAUAACAUAUCCAUAGAGAAUAAAUCCUUGGCAGAGGGUAUACUGCCAGAAGUAUCUGAAAUCAUAAGUACGACCUAUAACAAAAAUAAGAUUGAACCAUCUAACAACAGCAAAUCUAAUGAAGACAAAUCAGAUCAAAUUAAAGAUAAAGGUGGACAAAUUAAAUCUCACAACAAACCAGCUAAAAGUAAAUCGGAUAGUAGUGAAAAAGUUAAAAGUGAACAGUCAAAAAUUUCUAGUGAUAAACAUAUUCAUACAAUUGCAAUAUCUGAAGAACUAGCAGAAGAUAAAACUAUUAAUAAGACAGCUGAAAAUAUAGUUCCUGAAACAGAAGACAUAAAAGAAACAAUUUCAGAGAUUGAUGGCAGCAUAACAGCUGUGUCAAGUAAUUUAAAACUUCCACAGGAAUGUGAAGAAGUAAAUUCGUUAAGUGACUCUGAGAAAAGUACUUCAGAUAAGACAUCUUCAACAACUACGUCCCAAACUAAAAAUUUGGAUAUGGAUCAACUUGGAGAAACAAAAGAAAUUAAUUCAAAUUUGAUAGCAACUGAAACGUCAUUUGAAAUUGAUGGUAAAAAUGAUUCGAGUAAAAGUGAUAAAGAAUCAAACAAUAUUUCUCAAUCAAACUCAAACACUCCAUCAAGUGCAGCUAUAAGUGCACUCGUAAGAGAUAAUACGAGCUCACAGCUGACCACGAAUAGUGAUAAAAUAAAUAUUCCAACACCUUCAUCAAGUGCACCUCUAAGUGUAUCUGGAAGAGAUACUGCUAGCUCACAGCUGACCACUAAUAGUGAUCAAACAAACAUUUCAACACCUUCAUCAAGUGCAGCUCUAAGUGCAUCUGGAAGAGAUACUGCAAGCUCACAGCUGACCACUAAUAGUGAUCAAACAAACAUUUCAACACCUUCAUCAAGUGCAGCUCUAAGUGCAUCUGGAAGAGAUACUGCUAGCUCACAGCUGACCACUAAUAGUGAUCAAACAAACAUUUCAACACCUUCAUCAGGUGUAGCUCUCAACGUAAUCGAUAGGGAUGUUGUAAGUUCACAAUUAAGUGCAACCACUAACAGUGAUCAAACUAAUAUUUCCACACCGCUGUCAAUACCUGAAUACAUUUUAAACGAGGCUCUCAGUUCCGUUUCAAGUGAAAGCGAUAAACAAUCCAGUUUAGGUAAAAACUCAUCAACCAGAGACUCAAGCGACAAGUCACAGACAAGCGACAGAAGCUUGUCUAUGAUUGAAAGCAGGGCUGAAAUAUUAGAACUUUUAAAAGAAUCUUUAUCAAGUGACCUAGUAUUGGAUAGGAUAGUAAGUACAUUAUUCGCGAGUGUUCUCAAUCACGAUUCGGUGGACAUUAGCAAAUCUGAUGGGGAUGAAAUAGCUCUGACUGAGAGUGAUUUGAAACGGUUACAAACAUUUAGCUCUUCAGACUCAGAGGUAAAAACUGAAAGUGAUUUCUUUGAAGCACAAGAAGAAGUAGAAGAUGAAGAUGCUGCAGAGAGAAUUUCUGCUGAAAGUGAACCUGAAGAUAAUAUUUUAGGAAAUGAAAUCGUUAAGGCGGAAAGUUUGUUAAAGACGGUUGAAAAAGAUGAAGUCGUAACUCCUGAACAACAAAGUUUCAUUGAGUAUGAGCGCCAAGUGAGAAGGUACCUGGCCGAGGGUAUAGUGUCUACAUAUGAUCAAGCUGAGCUUGUGGUGAAGCUCUUGGAACUCAAUUUUGAUAGAGAAGCGAGUAUUUCUGCAGCCACUGAGUGCAGCUCUCUUCAAUCUGCGCUCACUUUUCUACAACAGGACUGUCAACUUUGUGCAGGAAAAUAUACCAUGAACCAGAUGGUCUCGAUGCUGGAAUGUGAGCAUAGAUGCUGCAAAGACUGCGCUCUCCACUACUUCACUCUGCAGAUCACAGAGCGCAGCAUCAACGACUGCGUUUGUCCAUUCUGCAAACUACCAGAACUUCACUCAUGUGAUCCUGAUAAGGCCCUGGACUACUUCAGCAACCUUGAUAUUCUUCUCAAGGGACUUUUGGAAGAGACUGUCCAUGAACUUUUCCAGAGGAAACUUCGGGACCGGACUCUCAUGCAGGAUCCCCAUUUUAAGUGGUGUGUCAAGUGUUCUUCUGGAUUCAUUGCCAAUCCACGCCAAAAGAGGCUAGUGUGUCCAGAUUGUCGAUCAGUCACGUGUGCCAACUGUCGUCGUCCGUGGGAGAAACAGCAUGAAGGAAUCAGCUGUGAGGCUUACGCAGCUUGGUUACAAGACAACAAUGAUUCCGAGACUCAGUUGUCUAAACAUCUGGCGGAUCACGGCGUCACAUGUCCCAAAUGUAACAACAGCUAUUCCCUAUCCAAAGGAGGCUGUAUGCAUCUGACCUGUCCUCAGUGCAAACACGAGUUCUGUGUUGGUUGUGGCAAACCGUUCUCCAUGGGUGCCAACUGUACAGUGUCUGAGUACUGUGCCAAGCUAGGACUUCACGCACAUCACCCUCGCAACUGUCUGUUCUACCUGCGAGACAAGGAGCCGCAGUUGCUAGAGAAACUGCUUGAGGACCACGGGAUAGAGUACAACCAGGAGCAGGGGGGUCCUGAGGGACCUUACGCCCGAUGUUCCGUUCAGCUGCAACGGGAAACUCCUGAGGGACUCUUGGACGCAAACUGUGGAUUGGCAGUGGAAAAAGCAGGACUUUGCAGGACCCACUUCAUUGAGUACCUGGUGAAGCUGAUCGGCAAACAUAAGUUGGACCCGGUAUCCAUCUUGGACUUAACGGAAGUCAUGCAAGAGUUACGCAGACGGGGGAAACCUCUGCCAAUCAGAGCGAGCGGACAGACCGACGCAGACUACACGACUCUCUGCGCUCAGGUUGUUCAAGAACAAAUUCCUUUGGAAUAAAUUACCUGCUUUGGAGUUACAAAUUAAGUACCGUAACAACAUCCUUCUCACCAAAAGUGUCCUUACUGGAACUUAUGACAUUGAAAAUGUAAGAAGGCAUAAUACAUAAUGUAUUCUCGAUCAAUGUUUCCUUCCGAAUUCCUUAUGGGUAAAAAUACCAUCACAUUCAUGCUUAAAAAUGCUACAAAAUCAGGGAAAGUUGAUGUAAGCAUGAAAAAUGUUUUUAAAAUAUGUAUAAGUAAUAUUUGUACCUAAUUUUUUAUAAUGAAUGUAUUGUUAACUUUUACCGUAUUGACUGAUAACCAUUGACUUUUGGUAGGGCAAGUAGUCUUCAUCAGACAAAGUAAGCUAGAAAAAUCACGAUUCUGCACUUGUUUCAUAACCCUACCCAGAGUGAAUUGUAGCUUGGAUAGAAAUGAAUUCAAAUCAAUAUUGACUAUAACGGUUAGAGUUGUUUAAGUUAUUUCAAAUAUCUGAAAAAAUAAUUACAAUAUUUUGUUAUGUUUUAAUUUUUAAUAUCAACAAAAGAUUGUAUUUCUAAAUUUAACUAGGCCUUCUAUCUGCUUUUAUAUUCUGGUCAUUUUUUUAUCACUAUAGAAUUUGUUAGUUAAA